GUGUGCACGCCGUGUCCCGGGGAAGGCCUCGCGCUCCCCGGCGCCCAUGCAAAUCAGCCUGGAGCGCCCCGCCCGCCCCGCGGCUCCGGAAGCCGCGGCCCCGGCGCCCGGCUCUGCUCGGCUCCCCGCGCCCCUCCGCGCUUCCGCCCGGCCCCCGCCCCCGCGCCCUCCCCGGCCGGCGCCCGCGGCGAUGGCGGUGGCGGCGCGGCCCGUGCGGGUGCUGGUGGACAUGGACGGCGUCCUGGCGGACUUCGAGGCCGGCCUCCUGCGGGGCUUCCGCCGCCGCUUCCCCGGGGAGCCGCACGUGCCGCUGGACGAGCGCCGCGGCUUCCUGGCCUGCGAGCAGUACCGAGCCCUGCGGCCCGACCUGGCGGACAAAGUGGCCAGUGUGUAUGAAGCCCCAGGCUUUUUCCUAGACUUGGAGCCCAUCCCUGGAGCCUUGGAAGCCAUGCGGCAGAUGAACGACAUCCAGGACACCGAGGUCUUUAUCUGCACCAGCCCUCUGAGGAAGUAUGACUACUGUGUGGGCGAGAAGUACCGCUGGGUGGAGAAACACCUGGGGCCCCAGUUUGUGGAGCGCAUUAUCCUGACGAGUGACAAGACGGUGAUCUUGGGGGACCUGCUCAUUGAUGACAAGGACACCAUUCGAGGCCAAGAGGAGACCCCAAGCUGGGAGCACAUCUUGUUCACCUGCUGCCACAACCAGCACCUGGCCCUGCCCCCGACAAGGAGACGGCUGCUCUCCUGGAGUGACAACUGGAGGGAGAUCAUAGACAGCAAGCGGGGAGCUGUGCAGUGGGACCAAACGGGCCUGGGGCUGCUGCAGGGACAAGUCGAGGGACCACAGCACUGGACAGUAGCUGAAGGAAGGGCAGGCAAGCCAGCAGGGAAGCCCAACAGAGCCAAGUGACAGGGCAGCGUCAUGGUGGUGCCCCCAGCACCGUGGAGCAGGGAGACACGGGAACCUCUGUGCUCUCACAGGCCGGCCAUCUACAACCUCCUGAGAUGGCUGGCAUGGAAACAUGGCGGGAAUAUAAGUUAGGAACCUUUUUAAUAAAACACUUUGGCUCGCU